AUGGAAGCCGAUUAUUUGCAGCAGACGUUUUCCCUUGGCGGCAAAACCGCCGUGGUGACGGGUGCCACCGGGGGUUUGGGGCGGUCCUUGGCCGUAGCCUUGGCCAAAGCUGGUGCCUCAACUAUUGUUUCGAUCGAGAUCCCAAACGAUCAAAACAGUCCUGACCUGGAGGCAACGAUCAAGGGGCUCGGGCGCUCAUUUCUUAGAUUUGAAUGCGAUUUGGCUAACAACGCCGACCUGCGUUCUUGCUACGCCAAGAUCUGGGAAGCAGGGGUCAUUCCAGAUAUUUUGGUCAACUGCGCUGGUGUCAUCAGGCGCAAACCCUGCGAGGAUGCCACUGACGAUGACUUAGAUUUGUUGUUUGCAGUAAAUGUAAAAGCAAUCUAUGUCUCAUGUCAGGAGUUUGGCCGAAAACUACUCGAGUUGAACCGCCCCGGAAAAAUAAUCAACAUAGCUUCUGUCACAGCUUUCCAAGCAAACAAGAACACCAGCAUCUAUUCGUCCACCAAGGGCGCAGUAAUUCAAAUGACCAAAGCAUUUAGUAAUGAAUGGGCGAGCAAGGGUAUACAAGUCAACGCUAUCAGUCCUGGAUUCAUGACAACACCAAUGACUGUGGAGUACGCCAACGACGCUGAAGUGAAUGCGUAUCUUAUGGGUAGAGUUCCAGCCGCUCGAUGGGGUGUUCCAAGUGACUUGGAUCCUGCUUUGCUAUUUCUAGCUUCUCCCGUAAAUACCUUUACCACCGGGGUUUCGAUCACUGUCGAUGGAGGAUUCUGCGGAAAAUAA